CACAUGACAUGACGCGUUUUUGUUAUUAUUUUUGGUUUGGUUCAACGUCUGUAAGAAGGGUGUGUGAUUUGUGUGAAUCAAAAGAUGCCACACACAUUAUUUGCAUUUUAUGCAUAAAAACGGUGGCGAUGUAACGGACUGGUUGUUUGAUGCGCCACGACCAGAAGAGAGAGAGAGAGAGAGAGAGAGAAUUGGGAACCAAUCAAUCAAUCAUCGUCAUCGAAUCGAUUGGACAGCGACGGAGCCAAAUACGGGGAGUGAGGAGUCCCUUCGUGUGUGUUGCGGAGUUUGUUGUAUGGGGGUGGGAAUAUUGGUGGAUGGGGUUCGUCGCUGGAUUCAACGCCUCUCAACGUCUACUCCUUCCAAUAUUAGUAGUAGGACCGAUGAGGAGGGAUUGAAGGAUAAACAUCGACAUCCACACCCACAUCAACAUCAACAUCCACAAGGUCUCACGAUCGUUCCACAUUUUGAUAUUUCGGGACUCAAGCUGCUCAAAGUCCCCGACCGGCUUUCCAUCUCGUACAUGGAUCCACACAAGAAGAAUAAUCUGGAGACAGAGUUCUUCACAGAGUAUGGGGAGGCAAGUAGAUAUCAGAUCCAAGAAGUAGUAGGCAAAGGUAGUUAUGGGGUUGUUGGUUCUGCCAUAGACACUCAUACCGGAGAAAGGGCUGCAAUAAAAAAGAUCAAUGAUGUAUUUGAGCAUGUCUCUGAUGCAACGCGGAUCCUCAGAGAAAUCAAGCUCCUUCGGUUGCUUCGUCACCCGGAUAUUGUUCAAAUUAAGCACAUAAUGCUUCCUCCUUCUCGCAGAGAAUUUCGGGAUAUUUAUGUUGUUUUUGAACUGAUGGAAUCUGACCUUCAUCAAGUAAUUAAAGCUAACGAUGACCUUACACCUGAGCAUUUUCAGUUUUUCUUGUACCAGCUCCUGCGAGGCUUGAAAUAUAUUCAUUCAGCCAAUGUAUUUCACCGAGAUUUAAAACCAAAAAAUAUACUUGCUAAUGCUGACUGUAAGUUGAAGAUUUGUGAUUUUGGCUUGGCACGAGUGUCCUUUAAUGAUGCCCCAUCAGCAAUAUUUUGGACGGAUUAUGUUGCAACUAGGUGGUAUCGGGCACCUGAGCUAUGCGGUUCAUUUUUCUCUAAAUACACUCCUGCUAUUGACAUCUGGAGUAUUGGCUGCAUAUUUGCUGAAAUGCUUACAGGAAAGCCAUUAUUUCCUGGUAAAAAUGUGGUGCAUCAGCUAGAUUUAAUGACAGAUUUGCUCGGUACUCCUCCUCCUGAAUCUAUUGCAAGGAUCAGAAAUGAAAAGGCAAGGAGGUAUCUCACCAAUAUGCGGAAGAAACAGGCUAUUCCAUUUGCACAGAAAUUUCCCAAUGCAGAUCCUUUGGCUCUUAGCUUACUAGAACGUCUUCUUGCCUUUGACCCUAAAGAUAGACCGACUGCUGAAGAAGCAUUGGCUGAUCCCUACUUUCAUGGGUUAGCUAAUGUGGAGCGUGAACCAUCAACUCAACCAAUAUCGAAACUUGAGUUUGAAUUUGAAAGGAGAAAACUUACAAAAGAUGAUGUUAGAGAGUUGAUUUACAGAGAGAUUCUGGAGUAUCACCCUCAAAUGCUUAAGGAAUAUCUGCGUGGUGGAGAUCAGACUAGUGGCUUUAUGUACCCAAGUGGGGUUGAUCGAUUUAAGCGACAGUUUGCUCAUCUUGAAGAGCAUUAUGGUAAAGGUGAAAGAAGCACACCUUUACAAAGACAGCAUGCUUCGUUACCUAGAGAGAGGGUCCCUGCACCAAAAGACGAAGCUGCUAAAGAGGAUGAUGUUGAAAAUCGAACUUCCGCUGCUGUUGCUACUACUCUUGAGAGCCCACCAGGGAAAGACCAAAGUAAUGGAGCUGCAGAAAAUGGACCUAAUAAGGGAAACCAGAGCACUCGGAGCUUGUUAAAGAGUGCUAGUAUCAGCGCUUCUAAAUGCAUCGGUGUUAAAGAAAAGAAAGAUAAAGAUGAAGAUACCCUGCCAGAGCACAAGGAAGAGAUUGAGGGCUUGGCAGAGAAAAUCGGUACACUCAAUGCUUGAACAUUGAAUUUGCUGCAACUACCCUGGAGAUAAAUGGUAGUUCCGUAAUCUUGAAUUUUGUUGAUUCAUUUUUAGGAUCUUUCCUUUUGGCAUAAGCCAUUGAGGAUGUUAUGUUAUGUUUGCCUUUUUUUGGCUUGGUAGAGUUGAGAUAGGCUAACGCUGUUGGACUGAUUGUGGUUUCAACCACCUACAUAGUAGUAGAGUAUAUAUAUAGUAGUAUUUGUAAACUAGGGGUUGUUGGGUUGGGUUGGGUUGGGUUGGGUUGUAUUGGAUUGGAGUAGGUGCAGAUAAGAGAGGUUGCAUCAUCCAUCUAUCUAUCUAUCAAUUAAUAUAUCUCCUUGUAACAUUUGAACAUGUGGUUUUGUUUUUUUUGUUUGGCAAUGACCCACCCUGGGCACUAUUUUGUGCUAUUUUUGCAUUCGAACUGGUGUACAAUUCCAGGAAUGUAUAUACAUAUAGGUCUGAAAUAAUAGAGGGGGGCAGAUGCUGCCCAUGGGGCAGGUCCAUAUGUGA